AUGGCAGCUAAUUUCUGGACAUCCUCUCACUACAAAAGCUCCUGGACCAGGAAGGUGGAUGUGGUGCAACCUCUUGACAGAGAGAAGUUCACUCUUGAAGAAUUCAAGCUAAUUAAGAUGCAAAUGGCCAGUUAUAUCAAAAUUGGCUCAAAAGUGAAAGUGAGGCAGAGGGUAGUGGCCACUGCAGUUACAUAUAUGAGACGUUUUUACACCAGAAAGAGUAUGACAGAAUAUGAUCCACAUCUUGUCGCUCCAACUUGCUUGUACUUGGCAUCAAAAGCUGAAGAAAGCACAGUACAGGCCCGACUUCUACCAUUUUACAUCAAAAAAAUAUAUGCUGAUGAAAAGUAUAGAUAUGAAGUCAAAGAUAUACUCGAAAUGGAAAUGAAGAUUUUAGAAGCUCUUAACUAUUAUUUGGUUGUAUUCCAUCCAUACCGUUCACUUGUGCAGUUGUUGCAGGAUGUUGGCAUGAAUGACAUGAAUAUGAUUCCAUUUGCCUGGGGACUCGCUAAUGAUACAUACAAGAUGGACCUUAUUCUUGUGCACCCCCCUCAUCUGAUUGCUUUGGCUUGUAUAUACAUUGCCAGUGUAUAUAGGGAAAAAGAUAACACUGCAUGGUUUGAAGAGCUUCGUGUUGAUAUGAAUGUAGUGAAAAAUAUUUCAAUGGAGAUAUUAGAUUUCUAUGAAAACCAAAGAAUGAUCACAGACGACAGGAUAAAUGCUGCCUUCAGCAAACUGGCUUCGAAGCCUUAAAUGUUUAGGUGACUCUACUGCUUGCUAGAAUCUCAUGUUAUUAAAUCUUACUUUCUUGUGCAAGUAAAUGCCAUGAUGUAGCCUACUAGUAAAAUCAUCAAAUCUUGCUUCUCUAGACCUUUGGUCAGAGCUAUGUUUCACUCAAAACGAUGGUUAGCUAUGUUACGAUGAACUCUCAAAGUGAGGCUUUCGACAUGUUAUGUUGUACCAAUUGUGAGAUAUAUACUAGAUUUACUUUUUGAAACUAA